AUGAAUGUAAAAGAAGGGGGAACAAUGUCUGCUUCUGGUCCCAUCAGCAACUAUUAUGUGGACUCUCUGAUCAGCCAUGAAAGUGAAGACCUCUUGGCUUCUAGGUUCCCCACCACUGGGGCUCACCCUGCUACUGCAAGACCGUCAGGAUUAGUCCCGGAUUGUGGAGAUUUUCCUUCUUGCAGUUUUGCCCCCAAACCUGCAGUUUUUACCACCUCCUGGGGUCCUGUGCACUCCCAGUCUUCUGUGGUCUACCAUCCAUAUACCCAUCACCAGCCACACUUGGGGACAGACGCUAGGUAUAUGCGCAGUUGGCUGGAGCCUAUCUCAGGGACGGUUUCAUUCCCAGGCUUUGCAGCCAGUAGCAGGCACUACGGACUCAAGCCAGACGCCUAUCCCAGCAGAAGGGACUGCGGCCCCAGCGAUGGGCGCAGUUAUCCGGAUUACAUAUACGGAUCUCCCGGCGACCUCAGAGACAGGCCACCGCUGCAUACCAUCCCCUCCCCGGAAUCCGAGGGCAUCCUUUCUAGCAAACACAAAGAGGACAAGUCGGAAUUGGACCCGAAUAACCCCGUGGCAAAUUGGAUCCAUGCUCGUUCAACGAGAAAGAAAAGAUGUCCUUAUACAAAAUAUCAGACUUUAGAACUUGAAAAGGAGUUUUUAUUUAAUAUGUACCUAACAAGGGACCGGCGAUAUGAAGUAGCCAGAGUCCUUAAUCUCACUGAACGCCAAGUUAAAAUCUGGUUUCAGAACAGAAGGAUGAAAAUGAAGAAAAUGAAUAAAGAAAAAACCGACAAGGACCAGCCCUAGAGAAUACAAAUUAUAUUAAAUAUCAGUAACCUCACUACUACAGAUACGAGAAAGAAAAACAUUUUUUGGCUAAAAAAAAAACAUAAAAUAAACUUUUUAUGACUAUGAAUGUGGAAAUCGGUGUUUAGCAUAGAUAAACACAGAGGCAUUUUGAAAGCACACGCUUUUAUAAAAUGCGAUUGGAAAUGUUUCUUUCCCUUUCUUUACAGAAAAAAAAUAAACAAGAAAGUACUUGAAUAUUUUUUUUAGUAUUUUAUUUUGUAACUUAUACAUAUCCAGUGUUAAUUUUUAUUUCAAGAGUUUGUGAUUGCAUAUUUUGUAAAAAUCAAAUCGGAAUAUCAGUAUGUUUUGUUAUAGUCUUUGAAGUCCCUUGAAUGUACAUAUUUGUGUAUUUUAUUCUUGUCACAAAAAAAGUUGUGUAUUGUUCUGUUUCGCUUGUAGAAGAGCUCUGUGUAAAUAUAGAAGAGUGCACUACAA